GUCCUUUACAGAGUAAGCUUAGACCAAUUCAACCCAAUCAUUUAAUUAUUAAAUACACAAGUUACAAGAUGUUCAAAAGUUUUGUGAUUGGAAUAUUAUUAAUUUGUGGAGUAAAGUCUCUGACAGAAGAACAGAUACAGUUAAUGAAUUCGUUGCAUUCAGAAUGUGUUGGGCAAACUGGUGUAGCUGAAGAUGUAAUAGCAAAAGCUAAAGAAGGAACAUUUGCAGACGAUAACGCUUUAAAAUGUUACAUGAAGUGCGUACUUGAUGAAGUAGGAAUUAUUGGUGACGAUGGCAAGAUUGAUAUUGAGGGUGCUUUGGCUAUAGUUCCAGAGGAACUAAAAGAUAUCGCCACGCCGGUUAUGACAAAAUGUGGAACUCAAGAUGGAUCUGACCUGUGUGAUUCAAUUUUUAACACACUUAAAUGUUAUUAUGAGAGUGACAAAAGGGCAUUCUUCUUACCGUAGUAAAACACAAUUAUUUUUCCUGAUUUCUUGGUGACAUAUUAUAACUUUUACUGAUUUUUUAUUUUAUAAAUUUGUGGCAUCAUUGUAAAAUAUAUUUAUAAGUGUAUUAAAUAAAUAUUUUUUAUUGUU